AAUAGAGAGGCGGGGCUGGCUGUUGAGCCUGGAAGCCCUUCACGACGUUGCUUGCAGGCUUCCCGGCUGUGCUGGGGCAUAGCAGUGCUGUUUGCCGGCUCCCCAUAAUUGCAUCAUUUUGAAGAAGGGUCCUGCACUAUGGGACGCCUCAGGUGUGAGAAUUGGGAGAGGGAGCCACAGACACAGAGCCCACUCCCUGUUCUUUCCACCUGACCCUCCGGAGGAGGAGGGUGGCAGCAGGGCAGCUAGCCAGGCACAGGGAGGAGAACCAGCCCCGUGUGCGCACACCUGUACACGCCAUCUGGGUCGCAGAGAAGGACUUCCCCGUUUAUUGUGUUGAGUCCAGUUUCUGGGAAUUGUCGAACUCAGCCGGCCACGUCUGCAGAACUCUCUGUUUGUGCUCUGGGGUCGGAUUAGUCACUUCGUGUACUUCUGGUCUCAUAGAAGAACCCACCUGCUGUCUCUUCCAAGACAUUUUGGAUCUGAUCUGCAGCUGCUUCUUCGUGUUCUAUUACUUCUCUUUACUCUUGUGAUUCUGUGUAUUGGGCACCAUUAGGACUGCAGUCUCCCUGUAGCCCUGCUUUCCCUGUAUCUUGCUUUCUAGAGGGCGAUCUGCUCUGGAUGGAAGAGAAGGACGAAGUGUCCAGGCUCCGCGCCCUCUUUCGUGCUGUUGAUGCCAACCGUUCUGGGCGUCUGGAAAGAGAGGACUUCUCUUCUCUGUGUACAGAGCUCAGGGUGAGCCCGUCCCAGGCAGAAACCAUCUUCAGACGUCUGGAUACUGACAGGGACGGGUCUAUCACCUUUGAAGACUUUGUUAUGGGAUUUCGUGGAGCUAGAGGACUCCAGAUGUCAGAAGGCUCUUUGAACUCUAGUACAGGAGAGUCACAGAGGAGUCCGAUUAUCUCACAGAAUGAAGAGCUUCAUGAAGAAGAGACCUUCAACCCAGUUUGGGAUGAUUUCCAGCUGAGACUGGGAGAAGAUGCCAACUAUAUCCCAAGGCGUGAACAAGCCAGUGUCCUUUACCAGAACAUCCACAUAGUGGAACCACUUUUAAUUCAGCAAUAUGAGCACGUUAUCAGAAGCUUUGUUCGCGAAAUCCGACUUCAGAGCACUGAAAUGGAAAACUUGGCUAUAGCUGUGAAAAGAGCUCAGGAUAAAGCAGCCAUGCAACUGAGUGAGUUAGAAGAGGAGAUGGAUCAGCGUAUUCAAGCUGCAGAAAUCAGAAUAAAGAAAGAGGAGAAACGAAAGGCGGAAGAGGCUCUCUGUGAUCUGAAGCGCCAACAUGAAACUGAAGUUGCUGAACUUCAGGUGGCCAUAAAAAAGCUCAAAAGGCUUGAAGAACAAUCAAAGAGCAUAAAUUUAAAGGAAGAUGUGGCAGCACUAAGAACAAAAAUGCACGAAUUGACACUGGAGAAUCAGAAACUGAAAAAAGAAUUGCUGGAAGCUCAGACAAGUAUUUCCUUUCUGCAGAGUGAAUUGGAUGCUUUGAAAAGUGAUUAUGCAGAUCAAAGCCUGAGCUCUGAAAGAGAUAUGGAGAUAAUUAAGGAAUACACCAACGAACGAGACGACCUGGCAAGGCAAAUAGAAAUACUACAAACAGCUAAUCGAAAACUGCAUGACAGUAAUGACGGUCUUCGUAGUGUACUGGAGAACAGUUUUAGCAAGUACAACAGAUCCCUGCGUGCAAAUACUUCGCCGGGAGGUACUAUAUCAAGAAAUAGUCCCAAACUGAACAGAAGUAAUUCACCGUACGAUAGGUCUCCUCGAUCAUCCUACUUAGAUGAGGACUAUGACACCCUAGCUGCCUGCGAUCCAAUGCAGAGAAUGAACUGUGAGGUUGACAGCCUUCCUGAAAGCUGCAUAGACAGUGGCUUAUCCACUCUCAGGGACUCCAACGAAUAUGAUUCGGAGGUAGAAUACAGACCACACAAACUCUUUCAUAGAUCACGGUUUACACAUGAGAGCUUUGGUGGAGAUGCCUCUGAUACAGAUGUUCCUGAAAUCAGAGAUGAAGAAUUGUAUGCACCAGAAAGCAAUGGAAAUCUCCUUGAUUGGAAAACUUCUCGGCCAGUCAGCAGAAGCAGCUCAGGGGCAUCUUCAAGAAAGUGUAUCUCAGCGCUGCCUGCACAUGUAACAGCUGCUGAUAGCACAGACCAAGUCAAUAAAUUUCCUAGCACAGAAAAAGCCUACAAGAUAGUGCUUGCUGGUGAUGCCGCUGUUGGGAAGUCCAGUUUUCUCAUGAGGUUGUGUAAAAAUGAGUUUCGAGGGAACACAAGUGCCACUUUGGGAGUGGAUUUCCAAAUGAAAACACUGGUAGUGGAUGGAGAGCCAACACUUCUGCAGCUUUGGGAUACAGCAGGGCAAGAAAGAUUUAGGAGUAUCGCCAAAUCAUAUUUUAGAAGAGCAGAUGGGGUUCUGCUUCUUUAUGACGUAACGUGUGAGAAAAGUUUCCUGAAUGUGAGGGAGUGGAUAGACAUGAUCGAGGAUGCAACCAGUGACAGCAUCCCUAUCAUGAUGGUAGGAAACAAAGCUGACCUUCGACCAAUAAUGUCAGAUCAAGGACAUAAGUGUGUGCCAACGAGUUAUGGAGAAAAGUUAUCCAUGACAUACAAUGCAUUAUUCUGUGAAACUAGUGCCAAGGAGGGAUCAAACAUCGUAGAAGCUGUUCUUCAUCUUGCACGUGAGGUGAGAAAGCGCGGUGACAAUGAAGAUGACAGGGGAUCUGUGACCAAUCUUUCAGGAGCAACUGCCAAGAAAACACAAAUGAAAAACUGCUGUAAUGUUUAAAGACUUGUAGUAAAUUAUCUUUCUCUCCUGCUAAAAUGUUUAGAUAACUCACAUUUGUUAUACUUUAGAUGAAGUAUAUAAAAUAUUCUGUGCCAUUUUUGAGGCUUCGUGGUUGACAGCCCCCUCCCUUGAGUGUUAUACUCAGUAUGACACUCAAAUAUUGUUAUUUAUGAGUCAGAACAUGUACAGUUUCAGUGUAUAAACUUCAAAGUAACAAAGUUAGAACAUAUAAU